CUCCAAAACUACUCGCAGCGUUUUGUGCAGCCUGCCUAGGGCUUUCGACGCAGUUGCAUAGCGCAGUAGCCAGCCGAGGACCUCACGCGCCAGCCAGCAUCACGCCGCCGCCGCUUGAGACGCAGCGGUAGCUCUGCAAUUCAAAAGACAGAUUUCAAAUGGCAGAGACCAACCCGUUUGCCAACGCCGGCGCGGACGCCGCGAGCCUGCUGGCGCAGACAGCCGAGCAGCCCAUGACCUUCGAAACGGCGAAAGCACUCACCAGUAAAGGCGACCACGACGCCGCCAUCGACGCCUGGGCUUCGUUGUUGGAGAAGGCCGUCACGGCCCACGGCGAGACCUCCAAGGAGACGGCGCCGCUGUACUAUCGGUAUGGCGACGCCCUGCUGAGGAAGUGCGAGGAGAGCGACCAGUUGUUUGGGGGCGACGACGACAAGGAGAAGGACGAGAACGAGCUGCAGCAGCAGUCGUCGCUGCAGGUCCAGUCCUCGUUGGCCCCCGUCGAGGACGAGGAAGAGGAUUUACAGGACAAUAAUGCGGAGGCGAAGGAGGCCCUGGCGGAGGACGUGCAGGUCGCGUUUGAAGUCCUAGAAGUUUCGCGGACGAUCUACGAGAAAAUCGAGGAUAAGGAGGGCUCCGCGGACUGCUGGUUGAGAUUAGGUGACUUGGACAAGUUAAAUGGACGGUUCGACAGCGCGAUCACGUCGUAUGAAUCGUGCCUCAAACUGCGCUUGGAGACGGACGGUCCCCACGCUCGAAGUGUCGCGGACGUGCACUGGUGCUUGGCGUUCGCGCUGGAGUGCCGCGCCGCUGAUAAAGAUUGCCCUAACGCGCGGGAGCUGCGAGACCAAGCCCUGGACAACUACGUCAAGUGCGAGGCGGCGCUCAAAGCUGUCGUAUCUGCAGCAAAGGAGGGCGAGGACAUGGCCGCCGUCAAGAGUGUCUUGGAUGAACUGUCCGAGACGAUCGCCGACGCGAAGGCAAGGCGGGAGCAGGAGCUCGCCCGUGCGAAAGCUCCGGAGCCGCCCAAGGAGACGACGACGAUCGGCUUCGGCACGGCGCCGGCCGCGCCGAGCUCCUCAGUUAUGAUGUUGCAGCCGAAGAAGAAGAAGGCUAAGCUCACGCCCGUCGCGCCGCCGGCGCCGCCCUUAGCCGAGAACGGGUCGGCGGGGUCGGCGUCGUCGGGCGCGUCGAACUAAGGGGCCUUGGUAUUU